GAGAACAAAGACUUUUUUUUUUUUUCUUUUUUUUUCCCCCAAGAAACCGGAUUUAUUUUAGUAAAUUAGUCUCGCAAGUCAAUCCCACUUGAUAACCGAUCAGGUUUAACCAGUAAUCGCCAGUUUUUUAACAUACAGUUGCUAAAUAUUUCAGGAAUUUGUUUUCCUGUUUGCUAACUUUCGAGUUAAACUUCACCUGAAAAAAUCACCAGAUAACCAACGACAUACCAUUUCAGGAGAAGUAACGUACAGGAUAAGAUCAUGGCUUCUAAAACGAAAGCUGGAAAAGUUAAUUCCAAAAACAAGGAAGAUGCUCCUUAUGAACUGGAAAGCCAGUUUGUUCUGCGGCUACCUCAGGAGUAUGCCUCUACAGUGAGACGAAUUGCCCAAUCUGGCAGCAUGAAUCUUAAGGACAGGCUCACCAUAGAGUUGCAUGCUGAUGGCCGCCAUGGAAUUGUUAGAGUGGACCGCGUCCCUUUAGCUUGUAAAUUAGUAGAUUUACCCUGCAUCCUGGAGUCUUUAAAAACAGUUGACAAGAAGACUUUUUAUAAGACUGCUGAUGUCUGUCAGAUGUUGGUUUGCACGCUGGAUGGAGACCUUUACCCUCCUUUAGAGGAGCCCACUGGGACUGUAGACUCGAAGACCAAAAAAAAGGAUAAAGACAAAGACAAGAAGUUCAUCUGGAAUCAUGGCAUUACCUGCCCUCUGAAGAACACAAGAAAAAGGCGAUUUAGGAAAACGGCAAAGAAGAAGUACAUAGAGUCUCCAGACGUGGAAAAAGAGGUGAAGAGGCUCCUAAGCACAGAUGCUGAAGCUGUCAGUGUCCGAUGGGAGGUCAUUGCUGAGGAUGAGACAAAAGAAACCGAUAAUAAUUUAUCGCUGUCCAAUUUGGACUCCUCUCCUGGAACCUCUGGGCACAAGGGCCAUGACUCUUCAGUUCCACGAGAUGAGCUGCGAGAGAUAUUUAAUGACAUCAGCAGUAGCAGUGAAGAUGAGGAUGAUGAUGGUGACAGGCAUGAAGAUGAAGACCUCAACAUCAUGGAUACAGAGGAUGACAUGGUGGGUCAUCUUAAUGAGAAGCUUAACGAGUCUGAUGGAGGAAGAGAUGAGAACAACAGGAACAACCAAAUAGUGAUGGAGUACCAGGUACAGAUCAACAACCUCAAAGCCAAACUGCAGGAGACACGAGCACGCAAAAAGCAGCAGGAAGAUUUGAUCAUGAAAGUCGAGAAUCAGGCCCUAAAGACCCGCUUCCAGGCGCUAUUGAAUGACUUUAUCCGUGAAGAAGAGUGUGAAAUGGAAAAGCUGGCUUCCCUGCAAGAGCAGCUGGACUCACUGAUUGAAAAAUGACCAAUAGAGGGCAGUGCAAUCUCAUCUCUCUUCAGAAUGAACAGUGCUGGAAACAAUACUUUUAUUGAAUUAAUUUAGUCUAAUGUUGUUAAAUAUUAAUCUAGACCUACCCUUGUGGCCUGUUUUAUUUUAUUUUUUUUCCUCCACUCAUAAUGAAAUGUUAGCUUGGAGGACAUGAAAGGUGGAAUGUAAUGUAAUGAUUGAUUAAAUAAACAUUUUGAAGUGGUUCUAAAAAAUUAAACUACAGAAAUCUUA